AUGAAGGAAUCGCCGCUUCUCCGACCCCUCCUUUUCCUCCUUGUCACCCUCCUAAUAUCAACAGUCUCCGCCCAAACCUGCUACUUCGUCAACGGAGACGUCGCGACAGACGAUGUUCCCUGCAACACCACCGCAUCCACCUCAAUCUGCUGCAGCAAAAGCGAUAUUUGUCUGUCUAACGGCCUCUGCUAUCUGCAGGGUAGCAACGGCCCCUCAUUCUCGAGAGGGAGUUGCACGAAUAAGAAAUGGUCGGGGGUUUGUGCCAACGCGAAGCCGUGUCAGAGCCAUGCCCCUCAAACAGGGUAUAGGGUGGUUAACGCCCUCGAAAACCAGUACUGCUGCGGUAGUGUCACCAGCAUCGAUAGCAGCAAUAUCAACUGCGCAGAGGAUCGUGCGUUCUAUGUCGCUCCUGGAACCGUGAUCCCGGGUGUUGCUGCAUUGAAUGCAUCCAAUAGCGGCAACAGUGCCGAUAAUAACACCGACGGCGAUAAUAGCAGUUCUUCCUCGGACGAUAAAUCAACCCACCUCGCAAUCGGUCUCGGUCUUGGCAUCCCACUUGGUAUUAUCGCCGGCUCUGCAUUAAUCUGGGGAGCUUGGGAGAGGAAACAACGCGCGGUUUCCGCGAAGGAGCUGCAGGAUUUGAAAGUGGGUGCUGCUGCCGCUGCUGCUGGCGGGGCGGGGAUGGCCAUGGGUGGGAUGGCUCCUCAUCAAUAUGGAUAUGGGUACGGUGUUGCGCCAACGCAAGUGCCGCAACCGCAAUUUGCGCAGCCGGCGGAGUUGGAGCAUACCAGUUCAUUUCCGACAGAGUUGGAUUCGAGGACUGCGGCGAGGGAGCGUAAGCAUACAUGA